AAAAAAGGGUCAAAGUCUGCAGAGAGGCAUGCAGUGUUCAGAAAAAUCCUUAUCCACCUUCAAAACAUUGAACAUAUGGUUAUUGCAAAAGUUAAAGUAGGUAACCCAAGUGUGUGAUGAUACCUAUAAAUACACUUUGCUGAAGAAACUUACGGAAUAUACUGCAUUUAGAGGAAUUUUGCACUGCAUCUCUUUGAUUCAAGGUUGGCACCAUGAGUGCUGAAACGGGGAAAGACUACGAUUACUCAGAAUGGUACGAAAAUGCAGUGCCAACCAAACCUCCUGUCGAAGUUAUCCAACCAUGUGACCCCACAGCUGAAGAAGGCCUCUUCCACAUAUGCAUCGCUGCAAUAUCUCUGGUGGUCAUGCUGGUUCUUGCCAUCCUGGCCAGACGACAGAAGUUGGGUGUCAAUCAGAGGGGACUUACGGGUUUACUCAGCCCAGUAAACUUUUUAGACCACACACAACACAAGGGUCUUGCCGUAGCUGUGUAUGGAGUCCUCUUCUGCAAGCUGGUCGGAAUGGUCCUCAGUCACCAUCCACUUCCUUUCACUAAAGACACCGUGAACAAAGAGUUCUGGAUGAUCCUGGCUCUUUUGUACUAUCCCGCUUUAUACUACCCUCUUCUGGCCUGUGGUACGCUGCAUAACAAGGUCGGUUACGUUCUGGGAAGCCUGCUGUCGUGGACACACUUCGGAGUUCUGGUCUGGCAGAAGGUGGACUGUCCCAAAACGCCACAGAUCUAUAAGUACUUUGCGCUGUUCAGCAGUCUUCCUCAGAUUGCCUGUCUGGCCUUUCUUAGUUUCCAGUACCCGCUACUUCUGUUCAAGGGCUUACAGAAUACAGAGAAGUCCAAUGCCUCUGAGGACCUCAGUAGCAGUUAUUACCGAGAUUAUGUAAAGAAGAUUUUCAAGAAGAAAAAGCUCACCAAAAUCAGUUCCAGCGCAACAAAACCCAAACUAUUAGAAAGACUCCGAGAUGCUGCCAAGUCUUACAUCUAUACACCCGAGGAUGUUUUUAGGUUCCCUUUGAAACUAGCGAUCUCUUUGGUUGUGGCAUUCAUUGCACUUUAUCAGAUGGCGCUCUUGCUGGUCUCAGGAGUGCUGCCCACCCUACACAUCGUCCGUAGAGGAGUGGAUGAAAACAUUGCCUUCCUGCUGGCUGGUUUCAAUAUCAUCUUGUCAGAUGACCGUCAGGAGGUGGUCAGGAUUGUAAUGUACUAUUUGUGGUGUGUUGAAAUUUGCUAUUUGUCAGCGGUGACCCUGGCCUGCCUGGUCAACCUGUUCAUGCUCAUGAGGUCCAUGGUCUUGCACAGGUCGAACCUGAAGGGCCUGUACAGAGGAGACAUCUUCACUGUGUAUAACUGCCACAGGAGUAUCCGGCCGUCUCGACCCGCGCUGGUCUGCUGGAUGGGCUUCACCAGUUACCAGGCCGCCUUCAUCUGUCUCGGCAUGGUGAUCCAGACUCUGGUGUUCUUCAUCUGCAUUCUGUUCGCCGUCUUCCUCAUCAUCAUCCCUGUUCUCUAUGGAACGAAUCUCAUGCUCUUCCAUAUCAUCGGCCGCAUGUGGCCUUUCUGGUUGACGCUGCUCCUGGCUUCGCUGAUCCAGCACGUGACGUCCAGGUUUUUGUUCAUCAGGAAGGAUGCAGGGACGAGAGAUCUGAACAACAGAGGGAGUCUGUUUCUUCUCAGCUACAUGUGUUUCCUGGUUAAUGUCAUGGUUGGUGUGAUAGUGGGCAUCUGGAGGUUAGUGAUCACUGCCCUGUUCAACAUAGUCCACUUAGGACGCCUGGACAUCAGCCUUCUGAACCGCAGCGUGGAGGCCUUUGACCCAGGAUACCGGUGUUACGCUCAUUACCUGAAGAUUGAGGUCAGCCAGUCUCACCCCGUGAUGAAGGCCUUCUGUGGACUCCUGCUGCAAACCACGGGCCAGGACAAUCUCUCCGCACAGAGGAUUCGAGAUGCUGAAGAAGGUAUUCAAUUGGUCCAGCAAGAGAAGAAACAGAACAAGGUGUCCAACGCCAAGCGGGCACGAGCGCACUGGCAGCUCCUCUUCACGCUGGUCAACAACCCGUCCUUGGUGGGCUCCCGAAAGCAUUUCCAGUGCCAGAGUUCAGAAAGCUUCAUCAACGGAGCACUCAACCGGACCUCUAAGGAGGGCAGCAAAAAGGAAGGCAGCAUCCAGGAGCCGAGCAAGGAGGCCGAAAGCGCCGCCACCAACAACUGAGGACUGGACAUCACAAUGUGGAGAAGGAGGACCCCCCCCCCAUCCCCCCCACCCUCUCUUAAUGGCUGCUGGCCAGAUAUUGAUGAUAGUAUUAUUUGCUUUGGUGUAGCAGAGAAGCACAUGUGUUUUAGCUAAGUGCACUUACAGCUCAGUGCCUCAGGAAGAACUCCAAGCAGUUGUAGUUAACGGAUACUUUGCAUGUGUGUGGAUGUGUGGAUGGAUGGAUUGUGUCUUUUGUUGCAUGUCUGAGUGAGACUGUCUUUCCUUCUUGGACUUAGCAUAUCAGGAAAUCUAGUUUGGCACUGAACUCCCAUCUAACCGCUUGAUGCGAGGUUAGUAUGUGUGACUAUUUAUGAAUGUACAGGUUCUGCUCUUUGGCAAAACUGAUGAAUUAUUAAUUUCCACUCAUUUUUGCACUCAUUGGUGUGACUUUUACCAGUGGUGAGAAUGUUCUUAUAUUAAACAAACAGAUGAAACCUAUAAUGUCCAUUAUGGGUUGAGCUGUAUCUGUUCUUUUAAGACAACAUAAUUGCAUUGCAAUAUUUUUUUCAUCUCUGACUAAAUAUAAACACAAUCUGUCUCACUGUUACAUUUGACACUUCAUUUUGAUAGUCCCCUCUAUUGUGUCUUUUUCUGCUACCUAUGGCAUAUUUGUGAUUUAUGAAAUUAAAUAAAUAUUAAAACUUAAAAAA